CAGAAGGUGCAGUUGGAUGGUGUUAAUGAAGUGAUUCCAAUUAAAGUUGAUGGCUUCGCGGCUGUACGAACCCGAAGCAAUAACAAUGUUCAUGUGUACAAAAUUGCUCCCUCACAACAACCUCAGGGAACACUCGUAUUGGAUAAGGCUGAUACGCUGGCAACGUUGCGUACACCGGACGGUCGCAAUUUAUUGGCCACAUUCAACAGCCAUUUCGAGGUCGGCGUAUACGAUUUGGCAUCGGGAAAACGACUGUUCGAUGCGAAACUGGGCACCACUGAUCGUCUGCAACACGCACCCGUUCAGCUGUUCACUUUUGCGUUGGUGGGGCGAGAGUAUGAAUUUGUGACUGUGGGACAGGAUUGUCGAUUGGACUUCUUCGUUGUUCAACCACAGCAACAAGCUGGAGGAUCUGCCGCAACAACCUCGGCGUCAUCUACAGUGAGCAGUGCAGAGUUGCUGCUAGAGUGGAGUCGACAUGAAGCGUUGAGUACGAUCGCAACAAUGCGAAUGGUCGAUUUACCGCUGUCCGAAGCGCAAGUUGGCAUAGAAUCGGAGUUCAACGAUGAAGCUGGAAUAUUGGAGUCGUUCGUGAGGCGGAUUCGAAGUCAAGUGAAUCAAUUUCGUCGCGUCUUCAUAAGUGCCACCAAGCAAAUCUUCACAGCAUCAUCGUUUCUGAAUAUUCGAUCAAAGUCAUUCUCAGAUUGGAUGCAGUCGCUGAGUUCAUCGGCUGCUCGCAAUCAUGGUGCAAGUAAUCGAAAUCGACGAUCCACAUCCGAUUAUGAUGAAGUGCAGAAACAACAUCGCUCUGAGUUGACGUUGGAGAGGGAUUAUUUCAAUUUGCGAAAGAUCAUUUUGGUGGCAACGCUGAAGUCAACUUUAUUUGGAUUGGAUAGCAGUGAUGGAUCAAUAUUGUGGAGGCUUUAUUUGGGUCGUGAUACGAUACCUCUGAGAGAGAGUCUUGGAUCUGAGACGGUUCCGUUGUUUGUGCAACGCACAACGGCACACUAUCAACACGCUGCGUUGGCAUCGAUUGUUUUAGCAAAUAAAAGGAUCGAUUUGCCGUAUCGUGUAAAGAAGGUGGAUAUGUUACCGAUUGUUGACGCACAAAAUAUUCAUCCUCUGUUGAUUAUGGAUAGAUCGGAUAAGAUAACAACGCAUCCGAAGUUACAAUCCACGAACACAUCACGAUAUACACCGCCCGUACAUUUGUUUACAUUCGACCAGAAGGGUCACCUAGAAGGAUAUCAAUUCGAGACGCAGCAAAUGAGUUUGCAGCGAGUCUGGAUGGCCGAUCUCAAAUUAUCACCACAGCAAAAAAUUAUUGCCGUCUCAUCGAAACCAAUCAGUCGUAGCGGUGAUAAUUAUAAUAACGAGAAAAGUGACGAAAAUAAUGAUAAUAUUAAGAGAUGUUCGUCGCGUUUUGAAAGUGAAGAGUUCGUUGGUAUACAAAAAAUUAUAUUUGAAAUUGUAGAACGAGUGCAUAGUCACGGUAAGGUGUUGGGUGAUCGUUCAGUGCUUUACAAGUACUCCAAUCCGAAUUUGGUUGUAAUCGCGAUUUUGGAUUCAGUACAUUCCGUGCUGCAUAUUGAAUUCAUUGAUGCCGUCUCUGGCUAUGUCGUCUAUAAAGCAAAGCAAACAAAGGUAUCUGGACCCGUGCAUCUGAUCCAAUGUGAGAAUUGGCUAACGUAUUCGUAUUGGAACGAAAAGAGUCGUCGUAUGGAAAUCGCUGUGAUUGAGUUGUACGAAGGUUUAGAGCAAACGGAUGAACUGCAUUUCAAUUCAUUGACACCAACAAUACCACGGGUGAUAAGUGCUAUCUCGCAAGCGUAUAUCUUCCCGCAAGGUGUUUCGGCGCUGGGAGUCACCGAAACAGAGCAAGGACUAUCAACAAGGUCGUUGCUAAUUGCGAUGCCUUUUGGUGGUAUAUACGCCAUUUCAAAGCGAAUCGUUGACGCGAGGCGACCGCUUGAAAUGACUCCCGAGUUGGCCGAAGAGAUGCUGAUUCCGUACAGACCCGAACUACCGAUAGCGUCCGAGGAUUUUGUGAAUUACAAUCAAACAGUUUACAAUAUUCGUGUUAUUAAAACAGCGCCAUCUGGAUUGGAGUCAACCAGUCUGAUGUUCGCAUACGGGUUGGAUUUGUUUUUUGCUCGAUUGACACCAUCAGGGACAUUUGACAUUCUGAAGGAUGACUUUGAUCAUUUGCUCAUUAGUGUUGUAUUGGUUGGUUUUGUAAUAGCGAGUGUAAUUUGUAAAAAAUUGGGUAAAAACCAUACGUUGAAACAGGCAUGGCAAUAA